GUUUCGGUGAUAACGUUGGACGAACAUAAACUGGGCACUUUUGCGGACUGUGAGGAGCACCGAGUAGAUAGUAUAAUUAGUGCAGUGCACUAUGAAGGGCCACUCGCCUCCUGUUAUCUAGACACUUCCCCAUCUGUUAGAGGCAUCGAGGCCGUGGGGUGCCAGCCUGGAGCUGGGACUAUGUCACGGGCACAGGGGGGUGGCUCUGUAGCAGUUAAGACUAGGAAGAGGUGCAGCGUUCUUUGCACUGUGUAUUGCGUGGAGAGCGACUUGUCAAGCGACCUUCCCCCUUUGUAUCAUGUUGAUGAAGGCAGCUUGCUUGAGCUACCCACUCGGGCUCCCCAAAUCAGUAAUACUGGCGAGCUGGCUCUUAGCCCCACCAGCCUGGAGCUGGAACUGUCUCCCAUCCUCAUCAGCAACGUGGGGGACUCAGCGCUCAAAGUGAUGAUGAGCUGUCGGGUGUGCUUGGAGGACAGAUCUAUCAAACCCCUGCCCUGCUGUAAAAAGCCCGUCUGUGAUGAAUGCCUCAAGAGAUACCUGAGCUCCCAGGUGCAGUUAGGACAAGCAGAAAUCCAAUGCCCAAUAACUGAGUGCAAUAAACAUCUGGAUGAAUCCACCAUUUUGUAUAGCCUGCCACAUGAUGACAUCAUCAAGUAUAAAUACUUCCUGGAACUUAGCCGUAUGGACUCAAGCACCAAGCCCUGCCCGCAGUGCAAGCACUUUACAACAUUCAAGCGUAAAACCCACAUACCAAACCCCACCAAAUCUGAGAACAAGUUAAAAAUACAGUGCCCAUCUUGCCAAUUUAUUUGGUGUUUUAGGUGCCAUGCUCCCUGGCAUGAAGGAGUUAACUGCAGAGAGUACAAGAAAGGGGACAAACUUUUGCGUCACUGGGCCAAUGAAAUUGAACAUGGACAGAGAAAUGCUCAAAAAUGUCCACGAUGUAAGGUCCAUAUUCAAAGAACCGAAGGUUGUGACCACAUGACAUGUUCUCAAUGUAACACUAAUUUUUGUUAUCGCUGUGGGGAGAGAUACCGUCAGCUGCGUUUUUUUGGUGAUCACACAUCAAACCUCAGUAUAUUUGGAUGCAAAUACCGCUACCUCCCAGAGAGACCCCAUGUAAGGAGAUUAGUACGAGGCUCUGUUUGUGCUGGAAAACUUCUCAUUGCACCACUUCUCAUAGUUUUGGGUUUGGUACUUGGAGCCUUAGCAGUUGUAAUAGGGUUAUUUGGUUUGCCUAUCUAUUGUCUCUGUAAAAAACAACGGAAAAGGACACGGACAGGUAUGCCCUGGUAAAAAGGGGAGGCAUAUAAAGCUUGAAAGAGUCCUGCGGGGGCUAUACAUAACUGCAGCCAAGAACAUUCUCCUGAAGCCACACAGUAACCUGGAACUCACAAGGACAGUUGCAAAGUUUCAAUGCUUCACCUUCAGUACAGCUCCCAGCGGCAAAUUAAAAUGCCACCUGUUCCCGGUGCACUUCCUGCUGGAUAUGCCCCGAAUUGCUGCUUAUUUUUAUUUGUAAUACUUGUAUUUUUAUUUUAGGACAUUAUUUUAAUUGCAUUCCUUUCAUGGAGAUUUAGGUUUAGCAGCUGGUCCCUAUUUCUUAGACAAUCAAAAUCCCCUGAUGACGAAUUUAACUCUGACCUGCCUUUUUUCUUCUAUAGUCUGUCUAUAGACUAUCCAGGGAAAAAUAUGCAUUUCAAUAUUGUCAGCAAUAUUGAGAUAACAUCAGUGUCAUUCAGAAUUUUCUUACAUGUAACAAGGCAAACUUCUGUUUGCAACUGCAAGUUACACCCAGAAUGCAUUUAUAAAUGUCAUACACUGGGAUAACAAACUAGUAGUGAAUUCUCUUUAUACCACAUGUCUGCACAAACACUGCCUGAUGAAUGGGCACUUGGCUUGCAGUUUCAUUGCUAGGUGAUGAAAUGGACCCAACAGUUCCUUUUAUCUACUAUUCAACAUAUAACAUCUAAUUGCUUAGUAAUCCAGACAGACUGGUUACUAAAAUGCUUUUUACUUAAAGGGGAAUUGUCAUUGCACUAUUGAUAAUAAAUAGGAUAAAAUAUAUUUUGCUUGUGGUAUAAAUGGUUUAUUAGGGUGCUUCCUCAACCCAAAUUUUUAAUUCAACCGUGAUGUUUGUCAAUUGAAAAUUGUCUAGUCAUGCUGAAAACAUGGUGAUAUCUGUAAGCAUUUCAAAUUUCCUUUUACCAUUACUUUAUUCCCCACAUAGUUAAAGGGAAUAUAUGCCCCCUUUGUUUUUUUACAUAAGCUUAUUGGUUCGGUUUCUGCAGAAAAGGUACAUGAACAAAAAUAAACAAAUGGUUUUUACACAGAAAAAACUUGUUUCACAGAUUGAAACCUUGAUACUUAUAGGAACCAUCUUGUACCUUAAGCUACUUUUUCCUUUGUGAAGUUGUGGGUUGAAGGAGUUGAAGUCCCCCUAUUUUUCAUAGUGGGUGGUAAACAGAGGGACUUGGGUUAAGGGAGAGUUUGGUCAUUCUGUCAGCCUAAGUGGGGGGGGGGGGUAUAUUGGUCCUAUGAGCACUCAUGGUCUAUCAUGGUUUCCUUUCAAACUGUAGAAAAAACAUUAAGGGGGUUAUUUAAUAAAACUCUUGUUUUU